AAUUAAACAGAAGACCAACAAGACGACAGACAAUCCAACAGCGCGACACCUUACCUUCCCUCUUUAAUUAAUCAGCAAAACCAACGCAGGCAGUUAGCUAUGGCUAGCUGCUAGUUAGCUUGAACCUUCAACCUUCAACCCUCACCCACCCAAGCCUCUCUUCAUCAAUUCCAACGCAGACCCAUUCAGAACAAAACACAAACAGUUGGUGGGAAAUCGAGCUAGAAGCGUAGUCAGAAGGUGGCGGGCCUGGCUGUGGUACUGGUGGCUGACUGGCGGUGACCUGUGAUGCUGCCGGCGGUGGCGGAGGCGGUCAGAGGCUUGAGUUGGGUGAGGGUGUGGGGCGCGGGAGGGUGUGGGGUCGGGUGUUAAUGGAGACGUUUUCCCGUUCUUACUCUUUUCUGGUGUGUUAUUAUUAUUCCUUCUUUGUGAAAAACAGAACGUGAAGGGGGAAGGUACGUUUGCGUAACCACCACCACACCAGUUCAAUUAUUUCGCUCACCACCGCACCAUCAGCGUUUCGGUUUCCAGCUCCUCUCAAACCCAUCCUUUGUUUAUUUCCCGUUCCCUUUUCUUUUCUUCCAUUGAUUGAUUGAUUGGUUGAUUGAUUGAUUCUAUCCCUUUUAUGUUUUGCGUCCAUGACGGUUCACGUUCUCUGAUCCUCCUCCACACCUUCUCUUCCGUGCUUUAAUUUCAGCCUCUUCUGUUCCGAGUUUCUGUUCAUUUGAGAUCCUACGAACGAGCACCGGAAUCAGACAUUUCCAGGUAAAUUUUUUGCUUUCUUUCUCAGAAACUCUAUUUCUGGGCUUCUGGCUGUCGGGUUUGAUUUGGGUCAGCUUGUGUUUCGCCAGAGUCGAACGAUUCAGCGCGUUUGAGGUAUACUCUUCCUGCCUAGUUUGCUUAUUUUUCAAGAGAAAUACUCCAAGGAAAAUUAGGUUUUACUCUCGUAAAAUGUUGGGAGGCAACAACAGCAAUCCUAUGCUUCCUGUCUUUUUGGAUCAGAAUAAUUUCCCUUUUCAAAAUAAUGCCUCAAAUCAGCUGCAGUUAUUUGGAAAUCUACCAGCUGGAUGUAGUGUUGAUCCGGUGAAUUACCUUGGAAAUGAACAUAGCACUCCUAUGCUUCGGCCAAAUAAGCGAAGCAGAGAUGCAGAAGAUAUCUCGAGGCAGCAAAAACUUCAAAUUUCCUUGAAUUAUAAUAAUAUUUGUAAAGAUGAGGCUGACCGUUCGGCAAGUCUUCCUAACCAAAAUCCUGUAUCAACUGGGUUAAGGCUUUCAUAUGAUGAUGAUGAACGCAACUCCUCUGUCACUUCAAGUGGAAGCAUGACAGCUGCACCAUCAAUCAUCUUGUCACUUGGUGACAGUAUUGGGACUGAGCUUGAUCGGCAGAAGGAAGAAUUUGAUCAAUAUAUCAAAGUUCAGCAAGAUAACUUAGCAAAGGGAGUGAGGGAAAUGAAACAGAGACACAUGGGUUCUUUCCUGACUGCUGUAGAGAAAGGUAUCACUAAGAAGUUACGGGAGAAGGAUGUCGAGAUAGAGAACAUGAACCAUAAAAACAGGGAACUGGUUGAGAGAGUGAAGCAGGUAGCAAUGGAAGCUCAGAAUUGGCAUUAUAGAGCAAAAUACAAUGAAUCAGUGGUAAAUGUGUUAAAGAACAACCUCCAACAGGCAAUUUCACUGGGUGCUGAACAAGGGAAGGAAGGAUUUGGGGACAGUGAAGUAGAUGAUGCUGCCUCAUACAUUGACCCAAACUACCUGAGCAUUCCAGGUGGACUUGGGAAAUCGGCUUCCAGAAGUUAUCAAGGCUUGAAGGAGCAAAUGAUCUGCAGAGCAUGCAAGGCCAAGGAAGCCUCCAUCCUGUUGAUGCCUUGUAGGCACCUAUGUCUGUGUAAGGACUGUGAUGGGUUUGUUAGUGUUUGCCCUGUUUGCCAGUUGAUGAAAACUACUAGUAUUCCUGUGUACCUGUCCUGAUUCCAGAUUGUUCAGCAUUCCCUUGGUGCCUGGUGGAGCAUGACUCAUCAUCGGAUGAUGACGAGAGAAACAUCAAACAUUAGUGCAACCAUUCCAUGUUUCAUGUGCAUUUGUUUUGUGGUGAUGAUUUUUGCUCACUCUGGGUGUCAAAAUGAUAUAUGCAGGACCAUCCAAUUCAGUAAUUCAUAAGCAAGCCAACCAAUCCCAGUGCCUUGGGAACUAAUGACACUUAAAUAUUUUAUCACUGGAAUUCUGAGAUGGGGCUGUUUGACCUGGGAAACAAGUGGUUGAAGCUAAUAUAAUUCUCCAUGUUUGAAGCCUCAGCCCGUGCAGCUGGCAUGGAUAAACCUUAGGCCUACCAUUUCAAUUGAUUUCGGCAGGAAAAUUGUAGACACCAUUAGUUGUGAAAGUAUAUUUUUUAAAUUUUUUGUUUUUAGUUUGUCGAAAAAUAAUAAAAAUUUUAACUUAUUUUUUAGGUUUUCAAUUUUCAUAUUGAAAAGACACAACAUAAAGAGCUUGUUUAGUUGUACAAAA